AUAAAUAAUGUGUACAAAAAAAAUAGGAGCUUACCAAAUGGAUUUGACAACAAAACUUGGUAGAGGAGCCUAUGGAGAUGUAUAUCUUGGCUAAGAUUUGAAGAGUGGACUUUUGAUUGCUAUCAAAUAAAUAGCAUUGCCUAACAAAGAUGAAAAAGAAGUGGAAAAAGCUUUAAACAUGGCUAAUAAUGAAAUCUCUAUUAUGAGAACCAUUUAAGAUAAAAAUGUUGUCAAAUUCGUUGACAUGGUAAGAACACAAAACAAUCUAUAUCUCAUCAUGGAAUAUUGCAAUGGAGGCAGUUUAGACAAAUAUAUAUGUUAAAAAUGUCGAAAAGAUGAAAGGUACUUAGCUGAAAAAGAAGCAAAAAUCAUAAUGAAAUAAAUAGUAUUAGGUUAUAAAGCAUUAUAUAAAUGCAAUAUUGUACAUCGGGAUCUGAAGUCAGCCAAUAUAUUGAUACAUGAUGGAGUAGUAAAAAUUGCAGAUUUUGGAUUUAGUAAAUUUCUUGAGAAAACAGAUGAAUAGUUGCUAUACACAUAUGCAGGAAGUCCUUUGUAUAUGGCACCUUAAAUUUUAUAAUAAAAAUAAUAUACCAACAAAGCUGAUGUUUGGUCUAUGGGCAUUAUUUUUUAUGAAAUACUUUUUGGUAAACUUCCUUGGCAUUCUAUUACUAUUCCAGAUUUAAUCAAUAAAAUAUAAAAUGAAGAAUUAAAUAUUCCACAACUUCCAGUUGUCUCAGAUUUAAUGAAGGAAUUAAUCAGAAAAAUGUUAUAAAAAGAAGAAAUUGAUAGAAUUUGUUGGAAAGAUGUUCAAAAUCAUGCUUAUUUUAAUGAAGGUAUGGAGUUCGAAUUUUUAACUAAUCUACGAAAUUCUUAUAAUGAAAUCGAAGAAGAAACAGAUGAUCUAAAAAAAUCAAAUGCAAAAAAAAACAUUUAUUUUCAAUAACAAAAUGUCGUUUAACAUGUUUUUCAUGCUUAACAAAUCUAAGAGCAAAUUUAGAAUGCUUGUCCUGGAAUUAUUGAAGCUAAACAAGAAAUUAAAUUAGAAAAACAUAAGAAAAAUAAAAACUUAGAUUAAAUGUAUAAGAAAUAAAAGGAAAAAGUAUCGAUUUAAUAAUAGAUGCAAAUUAUUUCAGAUUGGGUUGUACAUCGUAAAAAUAAAUCAGCCUUUCUCAGUUCUAUUAAUUCUUAGUUAUAUGAUCAAUAUUAAUCAAGUAAAUAUUAAGAAUUAUAUUUUAAGAUUUGAAAAAUGUAUUAAAUGAACAACUAUUCUGGGGAUUUUUAUUUCUACUGACUAAAUAUCAAAAUAGCAUUCUUUUCAAGAUGAAAUGUAGACUCUAGAGUGGAAGAUUAGAUCCUAAUAAUCAAAGAUUUCCCAACGAAGAUUGGAAAAAGUUUUGUAAAUCCAAAGAAGGACAAACUUCUUUAAAAGUUAUUGAACAUGAUUUUCAAGUUAUUAAUCAAUUUUGGGACUCCAUCAUCCCUGAAACUCUGAAAUCACUACAAGGCACUUAAGAUUAACUUCUGUUAAGCAUCUUAAAAGUAUGUAAUAAGAAUCAAAUUGAAAAAUAAUCUUUUGAUAUUAUUUUUAAGAAUGCUACUAAAGCCAUUUUGGAAGGUGUUAGAUUAAGAAUUAUUUAAUUGAAAAACAAUUGCUCAUCCUAACUUUUAAGAUUUGGAUAACAUUUACAAAACUGCCUUGAGAUGAAUUAACUAUUUAAAUUCAAAGGAAAUAAAUAAGUUGAUUUUUUCAAGUAUUAUGAACAAGUUGAAAAUCUUACUACAUAAUAAAUACUUUAGAAGCUAAAUAUAUAAUUAUGA